AUGAUAGGAGUAAAUCAUGAUUUUCUAUCUGGGAACUUUUUGGGAUACCCUUUAGAAGAAAACAAUACAAUAUGCUACAAAAAUCUUCGAUUAAAUAAAAAAAAGGAAAAUUUGAAGACGCCAAAUUAUCAUGAAGAUUAUUUAGUCGAAUUAAAUGAGCUAAAAGAAUAUAAAAGAUUAGCAUCCCAAAAAAUAAAAAAAUAUGAAAAUUGUGUAUAUUCAUAUAAAAAUCAAAUAAGGAAUUUAAAGAGCAACACCGGACAAGUAAAGAAUAUAAAUAUACAAUUAAUAGAUGUUUUUAUUAAUGCUAUUUGUGAUAUAAUAGAACACAUAUGUUUGAACAUUCAUAAACCAGUCUUGCAUUCUCUUCCGUUAAUUCACACGAUAUUGACCUCGAUUUCAAUUAGGGAUAAGAAAAUAUACCAAUGUACAAAACUAAUUCACAUAAUAUUAACCAAAUUAAAUAGUGAGCAUGUAGUUAGAGAUAAUGGAUCUGGUAUUAAGGAGGAAGAAAACGGACAAAUGGGAUUAACUUCUCAUAAAUUACAAGAUUUAGAAUGGUUAAGUUCUGAAACAAAUGAUAAAGGAUGGUUAGCUAUUGUUGACAGAUGGGAAUUGUGUAAAAGAGACUUAAAAUGGUUAUGUGUAAAAACAAAUAAUAGAUCAUGGUUAUUAUACCGUCAUUUAUGGGAAAAAAGUUCUAAUGAUUUAAAAUAUAUAGCAGUAUUAUUUGAUGAUAAAAAAUGGUUACAUUUAUGUAAUAUAUGGAAUUCGGUUCCUUUAAGUAUAAAAUUAAAAGCUAUUUCAUUAAAGGAUCCAAGCAUUUGCCAACCUACAUUAAGAGAAAUUAUGUUAAAUGAUGAUGAUGUCUAUAAAAAUAAUACUAUAUCUGCGCUAUCCGAAAUAUUAAAUAUUGCAAAUUUAGAAAAUAAUUACUUAAUAUCUCAAUCAAAUCAUAGAGAAAGUAAUAAUAGUCUAAGAUACAUUGAUCAUACGUAUAAGCAUUUUACGGGAAAAAAAAAUUUGGAAAUAUUUCCUGAAAAAGUUCAAAUAAUGAAAGGAAGUAUAUUGGAGGAGUUAUUAGCAGAUAACAUAAAUGGAAUAGACAGGAUAAAUUGCAAAGAACAUUUUCACAGGAAUAGCGUAACCACAGCUGAAAAACUGAGCGAGAUAAAACAAAUAGAUGAAAGUAACGAUUCUAAAGAAGAAAAAUGUGAUGAAAAAAAGACACAAAAGGAAAACGCUGGUUCCAUAGAAAAAAAAAAUUUUAUAACCCCAUUAAAAGAUGUACCAAAAUCUUUUUUAAAAUCGAAGAACAUUGAAAAAAGUGGCUACAUAAGAAAAAAAAAUUAUGUUCCAUUAAAAUUUAUAGAGAAAUAUAAAAAUAAAAAUCCAAUGGAACAAAAAAUAUCUACAAAAAAAUCGGAAACAAAUGUUGUUUUGAACAAUAAAAAUGAUUUAACCUGUGAAAAUACUAUAGGAAAAAUUACUAAAAUGAAUAAAUCUAAAAGUGGUUUUAAUUCCAAAUUAAUUUUAAAAAAAAGCAGCGAAACAAAUAUUUAUAAGAAUGGAAUAACAGUAAAGGCUGGUGUAGAUAAAGAUGUGAUGAGAAUCGAAAGUUUAGAUAAACAAGAUGUAACCAUAAAUAAAACAAUUGAGGAAACUGGUACUGAAAAAAUAACAGAAGAAAAUAAUAAUAUAAUUUCUGAGAUUGUAAAAAAUAAUAGAAUAAAAAAAAGUGUAAAACCAUUAGGGGAAAAAAUACCCCAAAAAAUUAAUACAGGAUUAAAAGGGGUUAAUAUGAAUAAUGAUAUAUCUUUGAUAGAAAAAAAAAAUGUAAAUUUUUCAAAAUUAGAAAAAAUCGUCAAAAAUCCAAUCUUAUUUUCAGUAAAAAAUUUAACAAAAGUGAAAGAAACAACUUUUGAAAAAAAAAAUAUUUCAUUGAAAAAAGGAAACUUGGAGAAAAACAUAUGUUCAUCGGAGGGGAACUGUUCAGAAAAUUCAGACACAACUAAUAACAAUAUAAAUACACAAGUAUCGAAUACUAGUUUAAGUGAAAAAUGUGGCGAGAAAAAAAGUGAGAAUGAAUUUAAAACUAGCCAAGAAAAAAAAAAAGAAAAUCCGAUGAUAUAUAAAUUAUUAAAAUUAAAAGAACAAAAUGGAAAGAAAUGUUCGAUUACGCUAAAAAAAAAUAGCAAUCAUCAGUCAAAUGAAACAAAUGGAACAAGUAAAGAAAGCAGGGAUUUGAAUGAAAAUGAUAUUCAAAACAAAGCAGUAAAAUAUACGAACAGUGCAGGUAAUUCACAAAGGAUAAAAAGCUCAGAUAGCGUAGGCAGUAUAGGGAGUAUAGACAAUGAUAGAAAAGAAGAUGACAGUUCAGAAGACGAAGUUAAAGUUGAUACUACGUGUAAAAAUGAAGAGACUGCUAAACAAGAUGUCCCCAAUAAUGUAACCAAUUACAUUACAGAUUUAUUCAGUGCAUUCAAUUUUGUGAACACUAAAGUGGUAAGCAAAGCAUCAAAGGAAGUUCAUAAUAUUGAAAAGGAAAAUGGAGAAAAUAAUUUUGACCAUCACUCAGGAGGAGAUAAUAAAACAACUGUCAAGGAAGAAAAUAAAGAAGAUAGUGGAAAGAGUCUUAAAAACUCAUGGACAAGCGAUAAUAGCUCUGAAGAAGAUAGUACAUAUUCAAAGAAAAAUUAUAUAUAUAAUAAAAAGGAAUUUAGUAAAAAAAUAAAAUCUUUUGAAUAUAAAAAGAGUAGUAUAAGUGAAGUAAAAGAUACAGUGCAUUUUAAUGAAGAGAUAAAAAACAGGGAUUGUGUAGAAACAAAAAAAAGUACCAGCGCUGCAUUUGAAAAUAUUCAUAAUGAUAUAAAUAAUGAAGAAAAAUGUGUAAAAGCAAAACGCAAUAUAUCCUUAAGAACCGCAAAAUAUAAUACUGAUUCUAUAAAAGAUAAAUUUCUACGAAAAACUAAAAGGUCUUUUGAUGUGGAACACAAAUUAUAUACAAAUUUGUCAGAGAGUAAAUUAGAAGAUAAUAAUAAAGCAAGUUAUAUAAAUGAACUAGGAAAAAAUAAAAAUUCUAAUAUAUUAUUAACACAUGAAAAAAGAAAUAUAAUAGUUAAAGGUUUAAACAUAAAACGUGAAAAACCAAAACUUCCAUUUUUAGGAAAAAAUAUAAAUAAUAUUGAAAAAAAAAACUAA